AUGGCAGAUGUUAACCGGGGCGGGCAGGACGACUACCUCCAUGUCAGUGAGGACGGCGAGUUUUACAUGCACUGGAAUGGUGGCAAAGCUCCCGACAACGGUCCAAAUGCUGGUACGGUUCGGUGGCUACCUACUAGUGUUAUUGUGAGUGGUGGCGGGGCAAAGGGAAACCAGGUUCGCUUUGCUGGUAUUAUUAAUGGCGAUGGCAAAGCGGACUACAUCCACCUCGCGUACAAUGGCGCGGCUGCCUUAUGCAUCAACCAAGGGCGUCGCGAAACAGGCGGCUGGGGAAGGUGGAAUUGGGCGUGA